AUGCUCUACGAACUGUUGUCUACCAUUCUUCCCAUCGUCAUCGUACUCGCCAUCGCCAACUGUGGAGGGAAAAAGAAGAAUGUGGUGAAGCCGGGCGCGGCCGGUGCCGGAAAGUCGAAGAUGGGCGCGCCACCAAAGUCGAAGGCCGUUCCCGUGUCUGCAGCUCCCGCCGCACCUGCCCCUGCAGCUGCUGCUGCUGCUUCUCCCGAGGGCGAGAAGAAGGAGGAGCCGAAAAAGGAAGAGGAAAAGAAAGAAGAGGAGAAGAAGGAGGAACCCAAAAAAGAGGAGGAGAAGAAGGAAGAAGAAAAGAAGGACGACAAAAAGGAAGAGGAGAAGAAGGAUGGCGACAAGAAGGAAGAAGAGAAAAAGGAUGAGGAGAAGAAGGACGAUAAAAAGGAGGAUGACAAGAAGGAGGACGAUAAGAAAGAUGAGGAGAAGAAGGACGGCGACAAGAAGGAGGAUGAGAAGAAGGAGGGUGACAAGAAGGGCGACCCACCGAAGAAGCAGAGUGAAGAGUCGAAAAAGCUGGAGAAGAUGGGCAACAACAUGAGUAAGAGGCAUAAGAAGAACAAGAGCGGAAAGGAUUCGAAGGACCAGAAGCAGAAGAGCGGCAAGGAGAAGAAGGAGGAAGAGAAAAAGGAGGACGAGAAGAAGGAUGGCGAUAAGAAAGAAGAGGAGAAGGAUGGAGAUAAGACUGACGGCAAGAAGGAGGACGAGAAAAAAGAGGAGAAGGCCCCGAGCAAGAAAGAGGAGAAAAAGGCCGGCGCCAGCAAGAAGGACGAGAAGAAAGCGGGCGCUAGCAAGAAGGACGAGAAGAAGGCCGGUGGCAGCAAGAAGGAUGAGAAGAAGGCCGGCGGCAGCAAGAAGGACGAGAAGAAGGCCGGCGGCAGCAAGAAGGCGGCCGCCAGCAAGAAGGGCAGCAAGAAGGACAAGAAGGAGGAGGAGAAGAAGGACGGUGAGAAGAAGGAAGACGAAAAGAAGGAAGAAAAGAAGGAGGAGGAGAAGAAGGACGACAAGAAGGAAGAGAAGAAAGAGGAGGAGAAGAAGGAGGACGAGAAGAAGGAGGACGAGAAGAAGGAGGAAAAGAAGGAGGAAAAGAAGGAGGAAGAAAAGAAGGAUGAGAAGAAGGAGGAAGAGAAGAAGGACGAGAAGAAGGAGGAAGAGAAAAAGGAGGACAAGAAAGAGGACGAGAAGAAGGAGGAGGAGAAGAAA